CGCGGCGGCCGCGGGGAUGCUGCGCUACAGCUCGGGGCUGACGGUCACCGCCACCACCCCCCGGAGGUCGCCUGGCGACGGCGGCCGCGCCCGGCGGAAGAUGAAUGUCUGUAGGUUACGCUUGACAGUACCACCUGAUGAAGGCUCACAGCCUGAACAGGGAGCAAAGGAACCUGAAAGAAAGAAAAACGAGCUCUACCAUGUACCAAAUGGCAUGUCUCCAGGGAAGCUCUCUCACGGAAUGGUAUAUGGAGUUGUGCACAGAACUGACAACAACCAUAAGAGAGAAAUGGUGGUUUAUGGCUGGUCAGCUGAUCAGCUGAAAGAGGAGAUGAAUUACAUCAAAGAAGUGAGAGCAACUCUGGAAAAAGUAAGAAGGAAAAUGUAUGGUGAAUAUGAUGAAAUGAAACGAAAAAUACAGCAGCUUACAAAUGAACUGAAAGUGACAAAUGCUCAUCAGGAAUCCUUAGAGAAUCAUGUGCGAGUGCAGGCUGCAGCCUUAGAUAGCUUUAGUGAAAUGAACAGCUCCUUGACAUCAGCAUCAAUAGACUUGCAGAAAACUCUAGUGGAUGUUACACUGGAGAACACUGACAUACGGGAACAAAUAAGGAAUUUAAAACAUACACAUGAGCAAUCUAUGGAGAAGCUGAGGGAGAAGCAAAAGCAACUGGAAACAGCACAAAUUGAAAAUCAGUUACUGAAAUUAAAGGUGGAAUCAUCACAGGAAGCAAAUGCUGAAGUCAUGAGAGAGAUGACAAGAAAACUGUAUAAUCAGUAUGAGGAAAAAAUGCGAGAAGAGGAGCAGAAACAUAAAGCUGAGAAGGAAAUCCUCCUCGAGGAAACAAAUCGGCUUCUGAAGGCUAUUGAAGAGGCAAAUAAGAAGAUGCAGAUUACAGAAACAACCAUACAGGAAAAAGACCAGAGAAUUGGUGAACUGGACCGCCUGAUUGAGUGCAUGGAAGAGGAACGUCACCAGCUGCAAAAACAACUUGAACUAAAUGAAAUACAAAUAUCUGGAGCAAAAUCUGAAAACAACUCUGACAGUGAAAGGUCACAGCAUUUGGAGGAGGUAGCAGCGAGCCUAAGGGAGAGAAUCAAACACCUAGAUGAUAUGGUCCACUGCCAACAGAAGAAAGUCAAGCAGAUGGUUGAGGAGAUUGAAAUGCUAAGAAAGAAAGUAAAAGAAAAGGAAUUAUUUAUAAUACAGCUUUUAGAAAAAAUCUCUUUCUUAGAAUGUGAGAAUAAAGAAUUACAAGAUAAACUGGACUACUUAAUGGAAAAUCAACCAAAGAUCAAUAUAGAAACCAGAGAUGCUGGUGUAGGAUGUGAUCUUCCAUACAGGAAAUUCAUUGCUAGGCUUCCAGAUAAGGGUAAGAAGAUCUCUGAUUUUGCUGAAAAGCUGACACGUGCCAUUUUACAAGAAGAAGAGUUGGCAAGAACAGCUGAGUUGUUAUCUGCUGUCAGGUUGGAGUUCCAGGUAAAACAGGAAGAGAUUAAUACCAGCAAACAGCAAGUUGUCCUAAGCAAGGAGACACUAAGCAAUGAGGAUUCCUCAGUCUUUAAUGAAAGGUCUGAUACCAAAGAAGGUUCAGAAUUUUCUUCUCCAAAGGAGGAAGUGGAAUGUAUCGAGCAAGAUGCCACGGGUACACCUUUGGGUAGUCAGAGGACUCAGGAGAAAAAGGAUGAAGUAAAUACUGCUACAGAAGAUCAGAAUCUUCUUUGUGAAGUUGUCUCUGAGCCAGCCAAGGGCAGUCCUCUGAAUUCUCAGCAGGUAUCUCAUAGCAGUACUGAGGGUGGUACUGCUUUGGACAACAGUAAAGACUCAUUGGUUGAUGCCUUUCAAAAAGUGUCAAUCGUAGAUGGGGAUAACAGUGAAAAAGUGUUGGAAAAAGAGCAGAAUGUGGCAAAACAUAAGGGCAGUAUCUUUGGAAGCCUGCACCCCAAGACACCACAUUAUAUCGAAGUUCUGGAGGCCAGAGCCAAGAACCCAGUCAUUAAAAAAAGCAAAUUUAAACCAAAUGUAUUAUUAGGAGAGCAAAGUGGAUCAUCACGUGGCUCCUCAUCCAGUCAGUCACCUGGAGGACUUGGGUCUCCCGUGACUGCUGAAGAAAGACGACGUAGAGAUAAGAAGCAUUUGAAUGACAUCACAGCAGCUCGGCUGCCACCACUUCACCAUUCCCCUGCCAAGCUCUUAUCCAUAGAGGAAUCUAUAGCAAUUCAGAUGCAGCAAAAAGAAGCUUAUGAGGAAAUGCAAGCCAAGCUUGCAGCACAGAAGCUUGCAGAGAGAUUGAACAUAAAAAUGCUCAGGUUUGAACCGGAGGGGGAGGCCUCAAUGCAAUACAGAGAAGUGAGAGAUGAAGAUUAUUUUUCAGCAGAGGACUGAGUUCAAGAAGAGAUGUGUGAGGAUGAACCAUGUGACUUAUCUUUAUGCAGUGCUUCUUAAAACCCAAACAUGGAUGUUGAGAAUGCUCAAUCUAGUAGUUUUUUCCUUAAAGUUUUAACAUCACAGUUAUGGGAAGGAUUCAAUGUAAACCUCGAAUAUAAGUCUUAUUGAGUGGUAACUCCAGUGUUAUCUGGGGACUGCUUUUUGAGCACUUGGAGCAGUUAAUCAUUGUGGAAUGUCCCACAUUUUUCAGCUGCAGCAAAGUGAGCACUUUUGCAGGCUACACUGAGUCAUCUGCAAGAAGUUUCUUCCGUGCAGUAAUCUGAUUGCAAAAGGCAUCAGCACACACAUCCAUCCACACAGUAACCUGAAGUGCCUGUGAACUGCUCACGUGUGGAAGCUCUUGUAUAAAUGUGAGAUAUUUGUCCAUUUAAGGUUGUGUUGCUUUUACCAUAUGGUGAAAAUACACGCCCAGGCAGCUACAGUAAAUACGUCAUAGUUAGGCUGUGAGUUAGCUUCUUAUCACAGGAGAACUUGUUUCUGUGGCUGCACCUUAAAACAACACUUUCUACAAUUAUGUUGUAAACUGGUUAAGAAUUUUAAGUUAGAUUGUAACUCAAAUUCUGUUUGGGCUUUAGGGGACUCUGCUGUUUCAUUUUUGGUGAUUACUGCAUAGCCCAUCAAGAGAUCAAGUUCAUGUGAAGACGUUAAUAUUUUUAUUAAAGGUCUUGCUGUUUUUCCAUAUUUUCAUAUAUUGCUUUCAUGCUUUAGAAUACUAUUUUUUUAUAGUUUGAUACUGUUAAUUAAGAGA